AUGCUCGAUUCUUCUGCAGAGAUCGUAGAGAACGAGUUCAUGACGUCAGCAGACGCCGCUUAUCAACGUUCAGAUCUUUUAUCUCAUUUCUACAUGGAUGGAUCGAAACUCUCUCAACCUCGAACGAGCGAAACUUUAUCACAAAUCUUAAAUCAAAAGUUGAAGGAAGAAAAAGACGUUUUGAACACCAUCGCUGUUGUUUCUUUCGUGUUAACUGAUUCAAAUAUUUAUGAGCAAUCCCUGUCUUAUAGGCUCAUUACGAGUCUCUGCCACACAUCCAAUGUGAAAGAAAGAGAAAAAACUCGAUCCGGCAUACCCGAAAAAUCCAAACGAGCACAGCUGAUAAGCAUCAACAAAACAAUAUCAUUAAUAAAUUCAAGUAUCAACUCUUGUUUUUCAAUUACACAAAAAAACUUUUAUGCACAAGAUUUUCAACAAACCGACUUAUUGCGUCUUGAUUCAUAA